AUGUGCGUCGAGCAAGACAUCUACAUCCACCCCACUAAACGCCCCUCCCCAUUUUCCCCCACCACCAAAAUCAUCACCGGCACAGCCAUCGCCAUCUGCCCAGACCACAAGGCAGCCAUGUACAACAAAAACGACGACGACGAAAACGGCAGCAGCAGCACGGUGCGGGACUGUAAGAAGUACUGCUUGUUGCCGAGCAAGAGCGAGGAUAGUAGGGAGGGAAAGAAGGAGAAGAAGAAGAAGGAGAAAGAGAAGGAGAGAGGAGGACAUGGCGGUGGACGAGGUUGGCCCUUUUGA